UAAAAUAGCAAAGGAAAAAAAAGAUGGGUAAAAGACGAAAGAAAAGGAAAAAAAAAAAGAAAGAAAGAAACCCUAGGGGUUUCAUCAUCUUCUUCUUCCUCCUCUCCCCCUCGGAACUGCCAACCACUCCCCUCUCCUUUCCUCUCCAGCGACGGCUGGCAACCCUCCGACGACCCCACUCACUCUCCAGCGAGUUCUGCCCAUGCCCUCUGCUUUAGUUUCUUCUCUAACGACCUUCGACCACCUCAGACCACGCGUAAACAUCAAGCUUUGAUGACCCAUCUUUGCGCGGCCGCACCCACGAGCAGCAGCAAAGACCACAGACCCCGGCGUCCUGUCGCUACGCACCGCACCCAUGCGUUCAGCGUAUUUUCGAUGGUAGCACACUGGGCUUCACGACCAGCUCUGUGACGGUGGUAUUUUUCUCGGCGACCAUAUAGUUCACUUUGCACACCCACCUUGAACAAGCUUCGAAGCAGUGUUUCUCACCUGUUCGACGAGCUUCGACAUUGACCCACAGUCGGUUCGGCCUCGAAUCGGUUUACCCACAACCCAUAGGGUUCAGAUCUACAAGUUCGGACGUUUUUGAACACCAACCAGUAGGGCUCGGAGCCCUUUUGGUGUAUUGGAAUUACAGACUGUUACACCGGUAAAAUGGGUUCUCCAAUCAAUGAAGAGGCAAUCAAUCCAUUAACAGAUGAAAUUAAGGAUUCUGGUGUAGAAAACUUCAAUGAUGGUAACAAAGAGAUGUCUGGAAAGAGGUCUGAGACACGAGAGCGGAAGAAGAGCAAGUAUUUGUCUUUUCCAUAUAUAAACUGGGGACAGAAAGUUAUGCCAGCUGAAACAGAAGAUAUUAGGAUUCUUAAAAUUUCUGGUGAAGGCGAAGAUGAAACCGCAGUUGAGGGCCAGAAUGAAACCCCAUUGCUAACGAAAUGCAGUGGCAAGUUCUGGAAGAAGUGGUACAGGAAUAUCACCAGUGGGAGUGAUGUGGCAGAUAAUCAAGAUUUGAUGAGUGCAUCACCAGCUGAGUUUCUCUCUGAGCUUCAUUUCACUGCUGUAAAUUGUCUUUAUCCGAACGAAAACAACAACUUUGAUGCAGUUGCUCAGUUCUUCUCCAGAUUUAGAAUUUUGAUGUUUCAUGAUGAAUCUGUUAAUGGUGGUCAAAACGAGGCAAUGGCUGCGGAUUUAUUUUUUCUUGGGGGAAAGGUGUCGGAGGUUAAGCAUCCUUCUUCGGCUGUUAAAUCUGGGAUCAAGAAAAGAAAAAGUCAGGCAAGUUCUAUUACGAAAAUGGAAGGGAUGAAAUCCAAACUAGUCUCUGAUGAUGCGGAUUUGACUGGAAAAGCUGAAACGAGUCCUGCAUCAGAUGCACAGAAAAAAGGCCCUCUGACUUCUAAUGUUAACUCAAAAAAAGAUAGAGAAAGCUUGGGGAGAGAUUUCGUUGAUAAUCAAGACUUGAUGAGUACAUCGUCAGCUGAGUUUCUCUCUCAGCUUCAUUUUACUGCUGUAAAUUGUCUAUAUCCAAGCGAAAAUAACAAAUUUGAUACAGUUGCUCAGUUCUUCUCCAUAUUUAGAAUUUUUAUGUUUUUGGAGGAAGAAGUGUCAGAGAUUAAGCCGCACCCUUCUUCAGCUGCUAAAUCUGGGAUCAAGAAACCUGGGAUCAAGAAACGAAAAAGUCAGGCAAGUUCUAUUAUGAAAAUGGAAGAGAUGAAAUCCAAACCAGUCUUUGGUGAUGUGGAUUUGACUGGAAAAGCUGAAACAAUUCCUGCAGGAGAUGCACAGAAAAAAAGCCCCCUGACUUCCAAUGUUAAAUCAAAAAAAGAUAGAGAAAGCUUGGGGAAAAUGAAGACUAAAUCCCUUUCUGCCUUGUCAGAUGUGAACAUAAACCUUUCUUCCUGUAGCUUACUCACAAAAGAUUCAUCAGAGGUUGGACCCCUCUCACCCAAUGGUUUACCAAAGCGAAGGAAGAGAAAGAGCGUUGGAUCACAUCCCCAGAGUAAACCAGCGACGGACAUACCAGAUUUAAAUGGAAGUGGUACCAUAGCUGGCUUGUUGGUGGAAGAUCAGCAGGCUGUGAGCCAAGUUGCUUCCCAACAGAAGUCUGAGCCAAAGAAGAGAAGGAAACUUGGAGCUGCUAUGAAGCAUUCAAAGGCACCUACUGAAUUCAUAAAUGUAAAUGUGAAUGACAGCAAUAAACCUGGUUCGUUUUUCAUUGAUCUACAGGUCACAGCUUCACAACCACUUGGUGUAAUUCCAGAGCAAAAUAAAGUGGAUUUUUCAGGAGCGCCUAACCGGUCAGUGAAAGAUCAGACAAUUGGCCAGGAUCAGAGCAAAUCUGGGGGCAAAAAGCGAAAGAGAAAGGAGAAACCACCCUUGGCGGAUCCACAGGUUAUCUUAUCUUAUUUCAAUGGAAUGGGUACCGACUCUAGUCAAGGGAAAGAUUCCCAGUUGACUGACAACCUUCCACAGCAGCCUAAACCUAAAAGGAGGAGGAAAAAGGGUGAAGCUAGUUUGAACCAUCCAAAUACUUCUGAUAGCAGAUCAUAUAUUUAUAAUAGAGUUGAAACUGAUGGUGAAGGUUUAGGAUCUCUUCUUCUCUUGACUUUCUCUUCAGAAGCUCCCUUGCCUCUGCGGGAGCAAGUCAUUACUACGUUUAGCCAGUUUGGAUCAUUGAAGGAAUCAGAGACACAGUUGAAAGAUUCCACUGUUGAGAUAGUUUUCCUCCGAAGCGCUGAUGCUAUGGAAGCAGUUCGGAGUUUAAAGAAAAACAGCAUUUUUGGCCCAACUCUUUUAAAAUAUCAGCUCUAUCAUCUCUCAGCUCCCCCCAGGACAUCAGAUUCGGACCGGGCUUGCACAGCACUGGCCUAUCCAGCUUCUGAGGGCACUCUGAACCCAUCAAAGUCUGCUGAAUCAGGAAACCAAGCUGGUGAUGCACCACCUAUAGAGUUUAUAAGGAAAAAUCUUCAGAUGAUGACAUCAAUGCUGGAGAAGUCAGGAGACAAUCUCUCCCCGGACAUGAGAGCCAAAUUGGAGUGCGAUAUUGAAGGCCUCCUCAAGAAGGUGAGUUCCAUGGCGGCGGGGCCUUCUUCAACGUAACGGAACCAUUGUGAAUUUGUCUUUGAUCAGGUUCUAUCAACCCCCUCGUUAGUCUUGUUGAUGUAUUGUAGGUGUAAUUUAUGUAUUCGAGGAACACAUAUUGUAGGUGGAGCUUCUCGUUUUUAUUAGUACUCUUAGUUUUCCCCUUUUCUCUUUGGUUACAGAAUCGUGUAAGCAAUGUGGAGCCUUUUGUAUUCCAUGAGAUGAAUUUGGCGGCGACCACCUUUAUUCUCAUACUUUUUACAGUCUUAUUCCCUCCGUGUAGGCAAGAAAGUCAGCCUUGGAUUUAAGUUGUAACUGUGCGCUUAUCUCACAUUCCAUUGUAAGCUCGCACACAAGCUAAGUAUGCUUUUGAGAUCAAAUUCCAUAGUUCAAGAAAUCCAUGUGAAA